AUGGCAAUCGCUAACGACGAGGGGCGAAGAUUCGUUGCCGUGACCGGUUGGUCACACCAGCCGCCGUCAAAUGGCCGCUCCACCUUCGGCCACCACAGGUCACUGUCGAGCAUCCUGAGGUCUGCCUCGCCACGGCCGUCGUCGACCCACACCAGAUCGAACUCGACCAUCGACCUGCCCAUGAGCACCGACCUCGCUCGCUCCCUACCCUCCACCCCACAACCCAAGCGGCUCUUCGUUCCUACCUCUCACGAUGAUGAUAAUGAUCUGAGCACAAUACCCGACCCCAGGAGUAGGGCAAUGAGCCCUGCCGACGGAGACUCCGUGGACAUGCCUCACCACCCCGAUCUCAACGACGAGGUCGCCACCCUCAGCACGAAGCUCAUCAAUGCCAUCAACCACCAGACCACCCUGGACGAUAACCUCUCGGCCACCAGAGCAGAGCUGGAGAGGUCUCGGGACAAGAUACACCAGCUCGAAGCCCAGGUAGAAGAGCAGAGGGAACUCCUUGCGGGCGAUGUGUGGGUACGACGGAAGACGGUUGAGGCAGAGAAGGCCAAGCUGGUGGCCCGCGCCGCCGAGGAGAAACGAGCGCGUCUCGACAUGGAACAGCAGAAAAAGAAGAUUGAGCAAGAGCUCGAGAACUUGACCACGGCGCUCUUUGAGGAAGCGAACAAGAUGGUUAUCUCGGCCAAGGAAGACGCGCGUGCCGAGCAGGAAGCUCUGCAUCGCAAGAACGAACAACUCAGGGCACAGCUUGCCGACACAGAGGGUCUUCUCCGAUCACAGCAAGAGCAGCUCGUCGAACUGAAGCACGUCAUGGAGCAGAUGACUGUAGAAAGGGAAGAGCCGUCCCCGCCGACUGUCCCCUCGUCGCCGGGCCGCGAGAGCUUUGAUGUUCGAGACCCCGUGGGCUCGUUGAGGGGGGCCCGCCAGCAGAGUCUCUCGAUGCCGUCGUUUCCGUCGUAUCCGACUAGCUUCACCCACCUCUUGCACCCCGUCCUCCGUACCGACCUCGCGGCGUGCAACGAUUUCAAGGACCUCCUGCGGACAACGAAACGGUUAUCUGCACCCCGCUUGCCGUCUGGCUCGUCUGGUUCCGGGCUUGCAUCCCUCGGCAUCGGUUUAGGUUCAACCUCGUCGCAUAUCUCGGGGGGGAAUGGGUCAACGACGUCUCUGACCAUGACCGGGUCUCCGCCCGCGACGUCGCCGCGGACGCCCCACACGCCGGCGUCCUCCGUCGGUAGCAGCUCGUCUGCGGUUACUCCAAUUGUUCUCCCCCACCUGAAGGAAACAAAGUUCUACAAGCGAGUGCUCACCGAGGACAUCGAGCCUACCCUUCGUCUCGACAUAGCACCGGGGCUAUCCUGGCUUGCCCGUCGCAGUGUGCUGGCGUCCAUGACGGACGGCUCGCUAGUUGUCGAGCCGACCCCCUCCACCGCGACGGGCCGGUUUGGCAAGGUGAUCAAGCCCGAACUCUACCCAUGCUCCCUCUGCGGCGAGUCCCGGAAAGACGAAGAGUUUCUCCGAACCCACCGUUUCCGCGUCAGCGAGUCGGACACUACCCAGGUUGGCUAUCCGCUCUGCAAAUACUGUCUCGGCCGUGUUCGGUCGACGUGCGAGUUCCUCGGCUUUCUGCGCAUCGUCAAGGACGGCCAUUGGCGGGCCGACGACGAGGAUGCCGAGAAGGCCGCAUGGGAAGAGAGCGUCCGCCUGCGGGAGCAAAUGUUCUGGAGCCGCAUCGGCGGCGGGGUUGUGCCUCUGGGCCACGCUCGCCACCUCUCGAGCUCCAGCGUGGCUCCCAGCCUUCGUGGUGAGAAGAGCCCGAGGCCGAGCCACGAGAGCACGCAGAGACCGGCAGAGCAUGCCAAGCAGUUCCUGGAGCUGCCCAAGGCACCGGAACAAGACCAUUCGAAGGACUCUACCGAGGCAACACCGCAAGUGACGGUGGCAGCAGUUACUGAACUAGUACCGCAGCCAACUUCGGAAGAAGCUGUGGAGCCGGCAUCAGAACCCUCCGCAGAAGAUGUUGCUGAGCCGGCACUGCCACCCACGACGGGGGAAGCUAUCGAAGUGGCACAAUCGCCGAUUACAGAAACAAUUACAGAGACAGCGCAACCAUCAAUUGCGGAAGAUGCGGCCCAGGCAACCGAACAACCAACUGACAAAGAACCCGUUGCAACAACAUCGCCGCCGAACGCUGACAGGGAGGAAGAAGUCCUCGCUGAAACCUCUACUUCAGAGCAACCCCCCACCGAGCAAAUUGAUGUCGAGGAACCAACCGCACUGCCCCUUGUUGACAACCCCGUUGGCCAGCAACCCGACACCAAACCCACCGUUGACGCGGACGAGCAAAAACAGGUGCCUCUCGCUGCACCUAUUUCCAUCACUUUCUAAGACUGAUUUUGAAUUCUCCACCACCACCCCUGUUUACAACAUCAACGGGCGGCUUACGAAAUAUACACUGUAUUAAUAACAUCACCUCACAACCCUCGCCUGCCUUCCUACCUAUAAUGGUAGUAGUGGUAAGGGAGAAGGGUCGUGGCACUUCAUCAGCAUGCAUUUCGGGGCGUUAAAAGCCGGGCUGGGUUUGACAUUCGGCAACUUUCUCGUUCGUUUUCCAUCUCAUAUAUCACAGCAGCGGUCGUCAUUCAUAUGUCUGGCGUUUGGGAGGUCCAACGGUUAGGGUACUGGCUGGACUGGA